AUGCCCUCGCACAUAGCCGCCAUCAAGGGUGUCUGCCAAGUAUCAGGGGGCACUUGCGACGGACUUCAUGGGAGUAGCAGCUCAGUAUGGUUCGUCCCGGAACCUCAUAAGGCUCCUUCUUGCUCAGAAGAAUCGUUUUUGGUCGAUGCGGGCACAGGUGGCUCCACAAUGUUGAUGCUUCAGGCUUUGUUGCCUGUAAUGCUGGCCAGGUCUGCUUCUUGUGGACAGGCUGUGCAAGUCACUUUGCAAGGUGGCACGAAUGUUAUCUCGCCAGACGGCCAAGUAACCGCGCCGCAAGUCGAGUACGUGCAGCUGGUCCUAUUCCCGAUGCUUCGUCGCUUGUUUGGCAUCACGGUCGAAAUGGAUGUUCAUAAAAAAGGCUUUGCAAAUGGCGGCGGUGAGGUUGUGAUAGUGGCGGCUGCGCCCUGUUGGCCGCUUCAACCCAUAGAGCUCCUGGAUACAGGAGUCGUUCGGAGUGUGUGUGCCACAGCAUUCAGCUCUACAGGAGUUCCCCCCAACGUCUUGAACCGCAUGGUGGAAGGCAGCAUGAAGAAGCGUGCAGCAGGGGCUAGCGUUGUGCUCAAGGAGCACUUGCCCGAGACCCAGGUGCUUUGGAAUUCCUUCAAUUGCCCCUCAGCGAAUGGUAGUGAUGCCUGCGGGGUGGUGGUUGCCAUCCAUGCAGAGCAUAGCAUCUUCGGAGGUGAUUCUAUGGGCCGGAAAGGGACUUCAGCUGAAAGAGUUGGGGAAGAGGCUGUGCGAAAGGGAUUGGAUUUCUUCCACGGAGGUGGCGCUGUGGAUGGGCACUUGGAGGACCAACUGGUGGUUUUCAUGGCCCUGGCAAAGGGCUGUUCACGACUGCGGCUGGGAAAGGCCACACGAUGUUUGCACCUCCAAACAGCUUUGUGGCUGGCGCAGCAGUUCGGCGCUUCAGCGCGAGUUGUACAGGACUGCGGCAAUGCUAUCUUGGAGCUUCAUGGUGUAGGGUCAACGCUGGAAAGUAGCAGAUGA